UGGACAAACCAGCUCCACCUGCCCCUCCUCACCAGGAAUGGAGGAGUUAUGAGAUGUAGAGGAGAUCUGAGGAGCUCUUCCAUUUCAGCUGAAGACAAAAAGGGGAUCACAAUACCUAGAGACUAAAAACUGGAUUCUACGCUUUCAUUUGUCGUCAGUCUUGGAUGGAUCUUUCAGAAAUGAAACAAGUAUCAGAAGCUCUGACCGAAUGGUACUUUGCACAUUGAGGAAUACUUGAACAUCAUCCUCAGUUCCACUUCUUUAUUCUGUCCCAUAAGUGGAGACGAAAAGUGUUCAUUACCUCUGAGGGAGCCUUGGCACCACGGACAGGUGGAGCCAAACCCCAGUGCCACAAACUCAGGGAGGAUGAGGAACAGCAUCUAGUGGAUAUUUGUUUGCUCUCUCAGAACAAAGUGUGCUCGUGACAUAUCAAGACACUGUUUUGGGACAAAGGGGAGAAAAAAGACCAAGAGAAAGAAAAUGCCUUUUGGUUUAGCAAGUUUGAAAGAGCAGGUGUUUAAACCUGGGAAGGAGGAAGUGAAGAACACAGUGGGGGACUCUAUGGGAAAACUGCAAAGGAAAAUAGAUGGCAGUAACGUGGAGGAAGAAGACACCAUUGAGCUGACGGAGGACGGUCGUCCGGUAGCAUCAACGCAGCGUUCUCCCCCGCUGCUGGACUGCAGCUGUGGCGGCCUGCCCAAGCGGUACAUCAUCGCCAUCCUCAGCGGUCUGGGCUUCUGCAUCUCCUUCGGCAUUCGAUGUAAUCUUGGUGUGGCCAUUGUGGAGAUGGUGAACAACAACACCGUCUACAUUAACGGUACUCCGGUGCUCCAGAAAGCUCAGUUUAAUUGGGAUCCAGAGACAGUGGGGCUGAUCCACGGCUCCUUCUUCUGGGGCUACAUCGUCACUCAGAUCCCUGGUGGUUUCAUCUCCAAUAAGCUGUUUGCCAACAGGGUGUUUGGUGCUGCCAUCUUCCUGACAUCAGUGCUGAAUAUGUUCAUCCCAUCAGCGGCGAGGGUCCACUACGGCUGUGUCAUGUUUGUUCGCAUCCUGCAGGGCUUAGUGGAGGGUGUCACCUACCCAGCGUGUCAUGGGAUGUGGUCCAAAUGGGCGCCACCUCUUGAACGGAGUCGACUGGCCACCACGUCCUUCUGUGGGUCCUACGCAGGAGCAGUGAUCGCCAUGCCUUUAGCUGGAAUCCUCGUACAGUACGUCGGCUGGUCUUCGGUCUUCUAUAUUUAUGGUGUUUUUGGGAUCAUAUGGUACGUCAUGUGGCUCCUGCUGGCGUAUGGAAGUCCUGCUGAACAUCCCACAAUCACGGACGAGGAGAGGAUGUACAUUGAGUCCACCAUCGGUGAAACAAGCAACCAACUAAGCGCAACUGAGAAAUUUAAGACUCCAUGGCGACGCUUCUUCACCUCCAUGCCCGUCUAUGCGAUCAUUGUGGCCAACUUCUGCCGCAGCUGGACCUUCUACCUUCUUCUCAUCAGCCAACCGGCGUAUUUUGAGGAAGUGUUUGGCUUCCCCAUCAGCAAGGUGGGGAUCCUGUCUGCCGUCCCUCACAUGGUGAUGACAAUUGUAGUUCCCAUCGGAGGACAGCUGGCCGACUUUUUACGCAGCAACAAAAUCAUGUCAACCACAAAUGUGAGGAAACUCAUGAACUGUGGAGGAUUCGGCAUGGAGGCGACUCUGCUGUUGGUCGUUGGGUUUUCUCACACUCGAGGGGUCGCCAUUUCCUUCCUUGUGCUGGCUGUAGGCUUCAGCGGAUUUGCCAUCUCAGGUUUCAAUGUCAAUCAUCUGGAUAUUGCUCCUCGCUAUGCCAGCAUCCUGAUGGGAAUUUCGAACGGUGUGGGAACGCUGUCUGGAAUGGUGUGUCCCCUGAUUGUUGGAGCUUUGACUAAACACAAGACUCGUCUGGAGUGGCAGAAUGUCUUUGUUAUCGCGGCCAUGGUGCAUUACUCAGGGGUCAUCUUCUACGCUCUCUUUGCUUCGGGAGAGCAGCAGGAGUGGGCCAACCCCGAGAGCACGAGCGAGGAUAAAUGUGGCAUUAUAGAUGGGGACGAGCUGGCCGAGGAAUCAGAGCUCAACAGCGAGGGCAUGACGGCUCCCAAGAAGACCUACGGAACAGCGGACAGUUCAUCCGGCCGAAAACAAGGCUGGAAACAGAAGAGAGGGGUGACCAUGCAAGAGGAGGAGCAUUAUGGGAAUGGGGACUACCAGGAUCGGUACCAGUGAGACGCCCAAAGGACUUUUGAACAUAUUCGAACAUGGUCAAAGCUGAAGGUUUAAAUUCACUCCUGCAGAAAGGUCAGAAACGAAAAAGUGACAGGAGCAGUGGCAUCAUAUGUACCUCAAGAUGGUCCUUUUUCAUUUUUGGUCAAUGCACACAUUUAACUGUGAUGUAUAUAUAAAAAAAUCUAAAUUCAGUGAAACAUAAUUUUAUUAGAAUCCCUACAGAGAAAAAUAAGAGAAUGUACCGACAACAAAUAGAUAAUGUAAUCAGAAACAAGUGUAAUCUAUGCUCACGUGUACUGUAAACUAGUAGUAAUACAAUGGAAACCACAGAACAACAUUUAUGGAUCAGCUAGUCUUGAAUCACAUAUCAACUUCCAAACUAGACUUUACUUUUCCUGCAGAUCAUCUUGUUCUCUCCAUCUGUACAAGCAAACAAUGAGUGAACUUUAGGUAGCUUACUCUGAUCCGUGUGAACACUUCAUGGACGUUUUGUGUCAGCUAUGCAACAUGAAAAGAGACUGGAAUGUACUAAUGGGUUUGACAGCAGACCACAGUGUUAAUGUAAUGAGGUUUAUUAUGUUUUUUUUUGCUUGUAUGUAUUUGCUGUUGCUGAAUGAUUGCACUCUGUCACCGCUUCACUCGCUCUCCUCGUCUGAGCGGGCCUUAGUUCACCGUCUGUUUGUGCUACACCUCUUAUAUCAGCUUCAUUAUUUAUAGAGCUCAUAAUGGGACAAAAUGGAUGGUGAGUUCAGUUUUGGAGCAUUUAGUGCAACUCUAUUUAUUCUCCUGGUGUUUGGCUUUAGUGCAAUUUCUCAGUGUUGGAUACAUGGAAACCCGGUUUGAUUCUUCAAAUAAGGUGCAGAAAAGUUUCACUUUGAUCAUAAAAUAUUAUAGAGAAUCUACACUAACCGAGUAUUACUGUGUAAAAUAGAGAAAAUCAAUUUUGUACAGUAAAUUAUUAUAUUAUUGUUUGAAAGAGCAUUGAUUUGAUUUGCAAAUGAACACAUUAGACAUGUAAUAAAAUACAUUUCUAUUCAGUAUUGAGACUGAAAAUGCAUAAAUGGCUUCAAAGUUUUGAAUUUCUGAGCAACAUGUAUGAAUUUAUUCAACAUUUUAUGUGUAUAUUCUAACAAAUUAUAUAAAAUUCAGCAAACUGCAAGUUGUUCAGUUGGACUCGGUAAGUGGGAACAUUUUAGCAACAACUGCUAAAAUGCUAAUGCUAAGCAAUAUUAACCAUAUCAACUAUUCACUAUGUAUUUGGAUUAUUAUUAUUCAUGCUUUUAUACAAUCAACACAGACAUCUUAGGUACACAUGAACACUUAAAAGCGUCUCUACAGCCUACAGUUCUUUGGCAAUUUGAAUAAAAGUGACAGAAGUGAAAUCUUACAACUUACUCCAGAGACAAAAGACAGAUGGUUAGCUGUAAAAGCUGCAGUAAAAUCAGUUUAAAUGCCAUUAAUGCCUAAUAUCUACUAUAUAUUGAUGUCAUUUGUGGUUCUAUUCGUGAUAGAUCCACACAUCUAUCAUCGAAAGAUUUGAUACAUAUAUAUAUAUAUAUAUAUAUAUAUAUGGAUAUAGUGUAUUUAUAUAGAAUAGAAUAAAAUAGAAUAGAAUAGAAUAGAAUAGAAUAGCUUUAUUGUCAUCAUGCAUGGGGGCAUGAGGAAAAUAUUCGUAGCCGCCACUGGACGGUGGAUUGAAACAAGCUAAAUUAACAAUAAUAAAUAAUAAAAUCUAAUGUAUUUAUAAAACAAAACCGUACUAAGAGUUCCAGUUUAUGCAAAAGAGACAAGAUAUAUACAGCACAGUGGGGAGGUAAUGAGAUCAAAUAAAAACCAAUAAAAUAGAAUGAAUAUGGGAGGAGAUUGUAUGUAUGUAAGCGGCAUUAUUAUUGUUUUUGUUUUGAGUUGAGAAGUCUGAUGGACCAUGGGUAAAACGGUCUCUCAGCCCGUUUUUCAUGCAUUUUAAGGAUCUGAGUCUCUUCCCUGAUGGCAACAGGCUGAACAGCUGCUGUCUGAACACAUCUUAUUUGCUCUACCGAUGCAGAGGGAGGUCAUGACGUCUUUAUCUUUCCAUCUAUGAUCCAUCGAUGAUACAUGAUGGACCACUAGGUACAAAUACAGGUGUCCAUGCAGAUGUGUUUAUGCAUCAUUUAUUGGUUUAUCAUUAAAAGACGUUCAAAUAGAUGGAGGCUGAUAAGGCAUAUGCACAAUGUCCACACAUAAAAGUAUGUAUGAAUGCAGAUAUGUCACUAAAUUUGGGUCUUGUCUCUGCUGGUGUUUCAGUUUGUCUUCUAUGCAGGAGAAAACCAUCUCUUUCCCUAUCUGCUGUCCCCUCACCUGAGCAGGUCCAGAUGGAUGUCUGCCCUCCCUGAACGUGGUUCUGCUGAAGGCUUCUUCUUUUUAAAGGCGAGUUUUUUCCUUCCACUGUCUCCAAACAGCUGCUCAAAGGGAAUCUUUGGAUGUUAUGAGUCACGUGAAAUGCCGUCAGAUGACUGAAGUUGUGAAUUGGAGCUGUAUGAAUAAAACUGAACUGAAUUUA